CUUAAAAGUUCAUAAGAUUCAGAAAUAUGUUUAAUUCAGAUAUGUUUUAUUCAGAUAUGUUUAAUAUAUCUUCUUGUUUGUUUCUCGGUAAUCUUCCUGUUAGGGAAAAUAUGCCCUAUGCUAUUUUCUGAGUUGACCAUCAUACAUUCUGAAGAUAUCUCAUUAUAAACAUGCUUUUAGGACAGUUAGUACAAAGAUAAGGAAGUUGGGCUUUUGAUAUGAAUAUAUUAGACCAGGAAAAUAAAAAUGGAUAAUAUUGCUGCAUUGAGUUUACGUAAAAAUGUCAUCUCAUUCCUAAAGUCUGAGGUGUGUAUAGAAACAGAAAUGUUCUCUGAACAGGUGCCAGUGUGAUACAGCCUAAUCGAAAACUUCUGGUGAAUGUUUAAAUUUAAAGAAAUGUAUUACAGUAAGAGACAUAUCACCAUUAAUGUAAUAGUUCUGGAACAUUCCUGAGUGUCUUUAGUUACGCAGCUGUGGCUGCUUCAACAUUCUGAAUCAGUUCAAAACCCUGACCUUUCAUGGUCAUUUGGACUUUGGGGAAGAACCAAAAGUUGCACACUAUCAGCUCUGGUGAAUAAGGGGGACUGGGCGACGCUGUGAUGUUUUUAUGAGCCUGCCUUUCCAUUGGACAGCACUCAGCAAGAGCAUUUCAAUCACACCUCACAGAGACACAAAAGAGGACUCCCAGAACUGCUCAAGAAAAUGGCAAGAAUGGCAGGGUGAGUAUGUGCAGAGGGAGGGGAUUAGUGGCAGUGUGUCUUCUGACAUAAUACAUUUUUAAAAUUUAAACAUUCACUUCAUAUUUUCAUCACCCCUUGUAUUAUGAAUGAGGGAAAAAACACCUCGUAAGUGACAAGUUCUAGAGUCUCACAGUAGCUUUCUGUCUCUCUGCAUAUGGUGGCAUCCUUGUGGAGUAGAACCUCUUCCCAAUAUGUGUUUUGAAAAAAAAUUCAAAGAACAGUUGCAAGAGUAACUCAUUUAAUUCUUAUAUACCUUCUGUGUAGAUUUCGCCAAUUAACAUUUUGCCUCACUCACAUUACCACUUUCUACAUAGUUUUGCUUUAACUUAACAAGUUAAGAAUAGAUUAUAGACAAAGUUUUAUUCCUAAAUACUUUAGCAUGCAUUCCCCCAUCCACAUACACCAUACCAGAAUCAAACAGGACCUUGCACUUGUGAGGCAGGAGGAGUGGUGCCACUGAGCUAAAUCCCCAGCCCAAGCAUGCAUUUCUGAAAGACAAAGACGUUCUCUUACCUGGUCAUGCUACAGUGACAAAAUUCAAAAAGUUAAACAUUGGUACAACAGUAAUAUCUAAUAUAUUCCGUGCUUUUUCUAAUUGUCCCAAGAAUGAUCUUUGUAGUGACUUUUAACCUCCCCCUCCCAACACAAAACUGUGCACUGCUUUCCAUUGUGUAAGUUUUGUUGCUUUCAGUACACAUCACUUUUGUCCAGAAACAGAAUGGUCUUGUGACUCUUCUGCCAGCUUUGCUGAAGAAAAACAGACAUCAGGAAUUUCAGAGAUUAUUUGCUGGGGGAAACAAAACAAAACAAAUUGCCCAGGGAAGAGAGAGACUUUUUAUGUUUUUAUUUUUAAAACUCUGGCUGGAUUUUGGUGACUUGAAUCAGCAAACUCUAUAAAGCAGCGGGGCUUGGUAAGCAUUAAAGGGGGUAGUGAAGCUUUUAUUUCAGAAUCCCAAUUGUUUUUCUAGAAACCAUCAAUAGCCUCUAAAUGACUGACUCAAUUUUUGGAUCCUAAUCUCAUGACUAAGCAAAUGUAUGAUUUGAAACCAGCCCAGUAUAAAUGUCUCUGUGCCUCUAGCUCUCCAUAGCUAUUCCUGUAUUUCUUUCAGCACCAGGAAAUCAGCCUAUGCACUGAAGAUGUCUAAAACUGGAACCAAGCCAGGGCUCCAGUCCUUGUCGAAUCAUCUGACGGACGGGAAGCUGAAGCCUAGAGAGGUCACUUUCUAUGAAGACAAAAAUUUUCAAGGCCGGCGCUAUGACUGCGACCGUGAUUGUGUGGAUUUCCACUCAUACCUAAGUCGCUGCAACUCCAUUAGAGUGGAAGGAGGCACCUGGGCUGUGUAUGAAAGGCCCAACUUUGCUGGGCACAUGUACGUCUUACCUGAGGGCGAAUACCCUGAGUAUCAGCGCUGGAUGGGCCUCAAUGACCGCCUGGGCUCCUGCAGAGCUGUUCAGCUGUCUAGCGGAGGCCAGUAUAAGAUUCAGAUCUUUGAGAAAGGGGAUUUUAAUGGUCAGAUGCAUGAAACCACCGAAGAUUGUCCUUCCAUCAUGGAGCAGUUUCACAUGCGAGAGAUCCACUCCUGUAAGGUGCUGGAGGGUGUCUGGAUUUUCUACGAGCUCCCCAACUACCGUGGCAGACAGUACCUCCUGGACAAGAAGGAGUACCAGAAGCCCACUGACUGGGGUGCAGCUUCGCCCGCUGUCCAGUCCUUCCGCCGCAUUGUGGAGUAAUGACGAAUGCUGAGGGCCGGAUGCCGGCUGGCCUUGUGGUACAGACAGGCAUCAUAAAUAAAACAAUAGGCUUGCAUCCCACUGCUGACCGUUGCGCUCUUCUUAAAUGCUUCUAGGGACCAGCUGUAUAGUACUUGCUACAGUGGGUCGUUUCACAAAGCAAUUUAUCUGUCAGAUUACCGAACUAGAUUUCUGUGCCAAACAAAAUGAG